AUGUACGGUGAUUUGAAAAAUGAAGGCCUUGAUUGCGGACAAGAAGUUGGCAAUUGGCUUGAGAAAGUUUUGCAUGAGGACGAUCAGCUUGGUUUACUUCACUACAAAGAUGGACUUCACAGUGAGCGAUGGUCACAUCGUGGAUACAGAUGGUUUUUUGGUAUAGCACCAAUCAAAGACAAGAUCGCCUUUCCUUACUUGGCGCCAUAUUUAUGUGUAUCAAGUGCAUCGAUUGAAGACGUAAAAUCUCGUUUGCCAGAUGAUAAGGAGAUAAGCGCGCGUAAUUUUCGAGCUAAUAUCGUGAUCGAUGGAUGCGCACCGUUUGAUGAGGACUGGUGGAUGGAACUCAAAAUCGGUGAAGUUGUGUUUGAGUGUUAUGAGUCAUGUGAUAGGUAG